AUGCAGUGUGUGUGUUUGUUAGCGCACGCCCUGGAUAAAGUGAAGUCGAAAACCGGUUUUUCGGAACGCGGGCCGCUGCAAGUGACGGACAAGAAAGCUAGUCGUACUGGCGCGUCUACUUGCCCGAGCCUAUCUCGCGAACCCUCACUCGAGGAACACGAACUGCAGCGAGAGCUUCAAUCGACAAAGGAGCGCGAAGCUGAUCUCUCGGAACAGUUGCGUUUCGCAGAAGAAGAGAUCAGAAAACUGACCCGUCGCAUAACUGAGGCCCAGGCGGAAAGUGAUGUCCUUUCGCGGCAGGUUGAGCGACUCAAUGCGGCGCAGGGCUCCGGCUCACGUGGCAGCAGUCCUCGGUCCUCCACCCCCUUCGCAAAGAAGGGUUCGGAAUUUCAAACCCCAGUCCAGGCAGGCCUCAAGGACCAAUCAGGCAGCGAAAGUGAAAUUAUUGAAAGACGUACGUUUUCUGGACUUUUUAAAAAUGUCAAAAUUUACCUAAUUCUAGGUACUUAA